UCCAACCUGCUCAUGCACAAGCAACAAGGGUGUCCACUGUGCUACGUUUCAAAAUGAUGUCCAUGAACAGCAAGCAGGCUUUCAGCAUGCAUCCUAUGCUGCACGAGCCUAAAUAUUCUCCCCUGCACACUAGCUCAGAAGCCAUCCGGAGAGCCUGCCUUCAAGCCCCACAGCUUCAGGGCAAUAUUUUUGCUGGUUUUGAUGAGACUUUGCUAAGGGGAGCAGAAGCUUUGGCUGCAGUGGAUAUUGUAACACAGAAAACGCAUCCCUUCAAGCCAGAUGCUACCUACCAUACCAUGAGCAGUGUGUCCUGCACCCCAACAUCAUCAACUGUUCACUUACAUCACCCAUCUGUUCUUACGACCCACCACUCGCACCAUCAUCCUCACCAUCAGCCUUCGCAGGGCUUGGAAGGAGACCUCUUAGACCACUUGAAUCCUGCUCUUACCUUAGGACAUGAUGUUGGAUCAAAUUCUUCCCAUCCGCAUGCCCACAUGUCAGCCAUUAAUCACAUGGCCCACCAUACACAAACUAUGAAUAUGGCUCAUAACCACACUUUAGCAGCUCAUGCAGCAAUGUCAUGCGCCGAAAGUGAAACAGACCCAAGAGAACUUGAAUCAUUUGCAGAAAGAUUCAAACAAAGGAGAAUCAAACUUGGGGUUACACAGGCCGAUGUGGGAUCUGCUUUGGCCAACUUAAAGAUACCUGGUGUGGGUUGCCUAAGCCAAAGCACCAUUUGUAGGUUUGAAUCACUCACUUUAUCCCAUAAUAACAUGGUUGCCCUAAAACCCAUUUUGGAAGCUUGGCUAGAAGAGGCUGAGAGAGCACAACGUGAGAAAAUGGCUAAACCAGAAAUAUUUAGUGGUGGAGACAAGAAACGCAAACGUACUUCUAUUGCAGCCCCAGAAAAGAGAUCUCUAGAAGCUUAUUUUGCUGUUCAGCCAAGACCUUCCUCAGAGAAGAUUGCAGCUAUUGCAGAGAAGCUAGACUUAAAAAAGAAUGUAGUCAGAGUAUGGUUUUGUAAUCAAAGGCAGAAACAGAAAAGAAUGAAGUUUUCUGCAACAUACUGAAAAAGCACUCAUAUAAACUGACAUUUACUGGUUCCAAUGUAAGGGAGUUUAAAUACACCAAAAACUGGUGUGUAGCAUUUCACCUACAGUUUUGUCUUCAUAAAUUGGCAAAUAGGUGAACUGAUAAGAGACUGCGUGAUUGGAAUAAUAUACCCACCUGUAAAGUUGUACUGGUGAGUGGAAAGUUUUGGAUGGUGUCUACGAGUCGACUUCUCAGACCAA